AGCCGCUGGGCCCAGCCCCGGCGGGCCCCGCGAUCCGCACCUGCCCACCGUCCUUUCCAUAUUCUAGGGCCACCGCGCGCCGCGAGGCCGCGGGGGCCGCGCGGAGGGCGCGCGGGCGGCGCGAGGCCAUGGGCUCCACGGGCCUCUGCGCGCUCGUGCUGGGCAGCUGGCUGGCCAGCGGCGUGGGCGUGCAGCAGCAGAGGAGGGGCCACGGCGGCGGGUGGUUGCGCGACGACCAGCCGGAGCCCUGGGUUGCCCGGCAGGGCACCCAGGCCAAGCUGGGCGUGCCUGGGUGGAGCGCGCUCGCGCCCACGGAGCGCGGCUGCUACAGCUGGAUGAACAACACGUGCGUGCAGCGGCUGCGGGGCGACUCCCUGCUGAACAGCAGCGCGUGGUGGCACUUCGAGGCGCGCGGCAGCACCAGCAAGAAGGCCUGCAACGACCGGGUGCAGAGCUUCGACGCGCAGUGCGUCGACGGCAGGGCGUCGAUGCUGUGGGUCGUCGGCAAGGAGCCCGCGCUGCCCCAGAGCCCCGGCUGCCACGUCUGGCAUCCCUACGGGUGUCCCUUGAUGGACCCUGAUACGACGAAGGCCCAGGAGAAGAUGCCUCAGGAUUUCGAGAGCUGGGUGCUCAAGGAGGGCUCGAGCAGCACGAGCCGCGAGUCCUGCCAGAAGCACAAGGCCCGCGUCGACGACGAGUGCGGCGCCACCACGAUGGCCGUCUGGGUGGCCAAGGACGGAAGCGUUUUCAGGGACGGGCACUUGGAGUUCGACGACGAGAUGCCGACGAGGAGACCUGGAAGGCCGUCAACGACAAGAUGCGCUCCAGCACGCUCAGCGGGGUCGCCUUCCGCAGCAGCCCCAACCUGGCAGAGAUGGACCCCCCCUCCCCACGACAAGUUCUCUGGCCUGUCCUGGGGCGAGACGAUCUCCGGCCGCCUCACAGCCGACGGCAAGUGGCUGCACGUGAAGGACGUCGGCUUCCUGCCCGUCGAGCUCGACGGCUUCCGCGUGCUCGAGAAGCAGGAGGCGCCGUGCGGCGACGCGAAGCCGGGCGACGCCUGCUACCAGACAGUGCACUGGGCGCGCACCGUCGGACUCCCCGGCCACCCGGACUGGUACCCGGGCCUCACCGUCGACUCCAGCGUCCGCGAGUUCCAGGACGUCCUGCACCAGAACGGCAAGUGCCCGAUGCCGUGCCCCUGAGGGGCCGCCGCUGGCCUCCCCGCUCUCGCGCCGCUUCCCCGGGUCGAGACCCUCUGGGAAUCGGCGGGCUUGGAAGAUGUAUCGGCCUGGGUUCUUCAUCGGGCGCCGCUGCCGUCUCAGAGCGUUCCGGAACGCUUCGAGAGCUUUCCGUUCGGAG